GCUCACAUCAGUUUUUUUUCUAAUUAUCUAAGCCCAAUGCAAACAAUGCCAAGAAUUAGCUUCUCCCAUGCAAAGUGUAGCAGUACCAGAACCUGUUCAUUUCCUCUUAUACUUAUUUUUCUCAUUAUCAUAAAUUUCUUCUGCUCUGCUGUUGUAGCAAGCCCUAUUCCAUCUCAAUUCUCGAAGUUCUCAAGAUCGUCGUCACCUGCUGAACCAAAAAAAUCACCCAUUACUUCAUCUUCUGCUUGUAAUGAUAUCCCAUAUAAAUCAGCAUGUGAGUCUGUCCUUUCGUCACUGAAAACAACAAUCCCUACAACCCCAAAAGAGCUGUUUGAUCACUCUGUUCAUUACACCUUGAAGCAAGCUCGUUCUGCUUUUGAACUUGCUUCCACUGUUAGUCCCUCUAAUAAUGUAAAGGCAGCGGCCAAUACCCAUUUGGCUGCUGUUGCUGGUGGCGGUGGCGGGAUGAUUGAUUGUGUUGAGUUGCUUGAGGAUAGCUUAGACUUACUCUCUACUAUCACCAACCGCAAGAAUAACCCUAAACAUACCCAUAAUGAUGUCCAAACAUGGCUUAGUGCUGCACUUACUAAUCAAGAAACAUGCAUUGAAAGCCUUCAAAAUGAUAAAUUACUGUUUAAGUUAGAUAGGGGUCAGGAAAUGAUUCGUACGGCAAGAAAUUUAAGCCAACAUAUAAGUAAUUCUUUAGCGCUAUAUAUGUCUCAUUAUUAUAACACAAAAGAGUCUAAUAAGGGUGGCCGGAAAUUGUUGUCGGGGGAUGAUUUUCCGGCUUGGGUAUCAGAGUCGGAGAGGAUGCUUCUAGAAACUCCAGUGGCGGAGAUAAAAGCACACGCGGUGGUGGCAAAAGAUGGUAGUGGAACUCAUACGACUAUAGGAGAGGCAAUAGCUGAGGUGAUGAGUUAUUCUUUGGCAGGAGAGGGUGGUGGGGGUAGAAACGUCAUUUACGUGAAAGCAGGAACUUACCAUGAGAAUCUCAAACUGCCUACAAAGCAAAAGAACGUUAUGUUAGUUGGUGAUGGGAAGGGCAAAUCGGUCAUUACGGGUAGCAGAAGUGCUGAUGAUGGAUAUUCAACUUUCCAGACUGCCACUGUUUCUGUCAUGGGAGAUGGAUUUAUGGCAAAAGGCAUAACAUUUGUGAACAGCGCAGGUCCAAAUAAGCACCAAGCUGUUGCUCUUCGAGUUGCAUCAGAUAAAUCAGUAAUUUAUCAAUGCUCACUUGAGGCCAAUCAAGACACACUCUACACUCACUCUAAGCGCCAAUUCUAUAGAGACACAGACAUUUAUGGGACAAUAGAUUUCAUAUUUGGUAACUCUGCUGUCGUUAUUCAGAACUGUAACAUCUUUGCCAGGAAACCAUCAGGGGAUAAAAACUAUGUAACAGCUCAAGGUCGAACCGACCCGAAUCAGAAUACAGGAAUUUCCAUACACAAUUGCAAGAUAACAUCAGAAUCAGGUUCCAAGGUCACAUAUCUUGGAAGACCAUGGCAGAAAUAUGCCAGGGUAGUUAUAAUGCAAUCUUUUCUCGAUGGCUCUAUUAAUCCUGCAGGUUGGUUUCCUUGGUCCGGUAGCUUUGCCCUUAAUACACUCUAUUAUGCGGAAUACAUGAACUCAGGCCCUGGAGCUUCGACUUCCGGCAGGGUUAAGUGGCCUGGAUACAAGGGCAUACUCUCAUCGGCGGCGGCUCAAACAUUUACCGUUGGUAAUUUCAUUGAAGGCAAUAUGUGGUUGCCUUCAACUGGGGUGUCUUUUGAUUCAGGAUUGAUUGGUUAAAGCAUAUGAUUGUGGGAUACCCUUAGAACAUAUACAUGUAGGGCAAGCCUGUCCAUAAAAAUGUGCAUGUGUGCAUUGUUCAUGUUUAGCUACAUUGUCCUCUGGUUUCGAUUUUAAUGCACAUGGAACAAACGGAAAUAUGUAAAUAUAUCUCCAUGUGCUUGUACCCUAAAAUAUCAAUAUCAAGUCGAGGUGUGCUUAAGAUUGAUCAGCAGAUCACUUCACUUUUGGUCA